CUACCUUCCAUGUCCGAUGUUGAGCGAAAACGGCAGAUUCUAAAUUUUGCUACAUUUGCACGAAAGCAGUUUCUAAAGUUAUCAGUCCUCGUCAAAUGGGCUGAAAAUGCGAAUGAUAUCCAAAUGUGUCAGAACAUCAUGGCCCAUCUAGCUAACCAAAACAAGAUUUUCCAAGAUACGUCUGAUUACUUACACAAAAUUCAUGUCGAAUUGCCGGCAGCAAGAACACGCAAUUAUGAUGUGAAGACUGCCGUCGAUGUUCUAACAACUGGUACUUACCAGCGAAUGCCAACAAAAAUAAAGGAUAUGGUUCCUCCCGCAUGUCUAACGGAUGAAGAAGUGCUGGAAACCUUCCAGAAAAUGAAUGAUGUUAUCCGUGUGAGAUUGCUGACAACAGAAGUACUACCAUCUCCUAUGUUGGACCAUCGGAUAGAAAAUGGACGGAUCUACUUCUCAAUUGAGAAUGAAUUCAAGGUAUCACUCACAUUAAUGGGACCUAGUAAUGCUCGGCAAUGGUGGAUUGUGUCUCUGGAUGUUUUGGUACAAACAGCGGAAGGUGGAGGAGGAGCAGCAGGUGAGAGAAUAUAUAUUGAGUAG